AUGGGUAUCAGCGUUCUGUGGUCGGCCCCCGAGGUCAACCCCAUCAACAAGAAGGCUCGUUCCAUCCCCGUCUUCAACCCUUUCAACAACUAUGGCCGUGUAUUCUUCUUCUCAUGGUUCGGCUUCUUGCUCGCUUUCUGGUCUUGGUACGCAUUCCCACCACUGCUCAGCGAUGUCAUUGCCAAGGACAUCCACAUCAGCAAGCACGAAAUCGCCAACUCCAACAUUAUCGCUUUGACUGCCACUCUCCUCGUCCGUCUGGUUGCUGGUCCUGCUUGUGAUCGCUUCGGUCCUAGAUACACAUUCGCUGGCUGUUUGCUUCUCGGUGCUAUCCCCACCUUCCUUGCCGGUACCGUCAAAAAUGCUGCUGGUCUCUAUGUUCUCAGAUUCUUCGUUGGUAUUCUUGGUGGCUCUUUCGUGCCUUGCCAAGUAUGGACAACUGGUUUCUAUGACAAGAACAUUGUUGGUACCGCCAACUCCUUGACCGCUGGCCUCGGUAACUCCGGUGGUGGCAUUACCUACUUCGUUAUGCCUGCCAUCUACACUUCGCUCAUGAAGAACAAUGGCCUCUCUGGUCACACCGCUUGGCGUGUUUCCUUUGUUGUUCCUGGCAUCUUGAUCACUGCUGUUGCCUUGGCCCUCUUCUUCUGCUGCGAAGACACUCCCACUGGCAAGUGGGCUGAUCGUUUCCAGAACGCCGAGUCUAACCUGCGCUCUCACGCUGUCGAGGGCGCCAUCGUCGACGUCGCCGGUACUGGCGAGAUCACCGGUGAGAAGACUAUCAACAAGGACUCCCGCACACCUUCCACCUCCGAUGUCGCAAGCGAAGAGAAGAAGCUUGACGAGACUCGCGGCACUUUCGGCGACAACGAAGCUCAAAUGGGCGAGCAACAGAUGCUCGACACCGUGCGCGGCGAAGUCGUCCAAAAGCCUUCCUUCAAGGACGCCAUCCCUGUCGUCUUCUCACCACAAACACUGGUCCUCGGUAUCUGCUACUUCUGCACUUUCGGUUGCGAAUUGUCCGUCAACAGCAUCCUUGGAACCUACUACCGCACCAACCUCAAGCUCGGUCUUCAAGAUUCUGGUAACUGGGCUGCUAUGUUCGGACUCUUGAAUAUCGUCUUCCGUCCUUUGGGUGGUGUGGUCUCGGAUUACGCAUACAGAAUGUCCGGACCUUGGGGCAAGAAGGUUCUCCUCCAUGUCUAUGUCACUCUUGCGGGUAUGUUUAUGGUCAUCACUGGUGCCGUGAACCCUCACUCGCGUCCUGCCCUCGUUGGCCUCGUCACUGCUGGUGUUGGAUUCUUCCUCGAAGGCGCCAACGGACUGAACUACUCUCUUGUUCCUCACGUUCACCCUCACGCCAACGGUCUCGUCUCUGGGGUUGUUGGCGCCAGUGGCAACCUCGGCGGUAUCAUUUUCGCCAUCAUCUUCCGCUACAGCAUUGACGGCAAGACCACACUGUAUGGCCAGAGCUUCUUGACCAUCGGUGCUAUCAUGAUGGGAAUGGGUGUCUUGACCGCUUGGAUCAAGCCCAUCCCCAAGGGCCAGAUCGGUGGUCGCUGA